AUGAAACUUGUAGCUUGGAAUGUGAGGGGUGUAAAUAAAGUUUAUAAGCAAAAAGAGGUAAAGAAGUUCAUUGUAAAUAAUGAUGUAUCACUAAUAGCUAUACUAGAAAAUAGAGUAAAGGAAGACAAUGCUGGCAGAGUAAUUAAUAAAAUUACAGCUAACUGGAAAUGGUGUGCAAACUAUGCACAUAGCUUAAAAGGAAGAAUAUGGAUUAUGUGGGAUCCUAACAGGUUGGAAUUUGAAGUUACUAAUUUGAGUUCUCAGGCUAUUCAUGGAAUCCUUAACAUGCCUCAAUUACAUAUAAAACUACACUUGAUAGCAGUCUAUGGUUUACACACUAUCGAGGCAAGGAAGGAGUUAUGGGAAGAGUUGAAAGGGGUAAAUAGGUAUCUUCAAAGUCAAUGGUUAGUCUUUGGGGAUUUCAAUGCUAUAACUGAUUUAGAAGACAGGCAGUUUGGCAACCCAGUCCAAGAAAAUGAAGUAAGGGAUUUCAAUGAGUUUAUACAAAGUAGUGGCAUGACAAAAUUACGAGUAAUAGGGAGAAAAUAUACUUGGUCUAAUGGUCACAUCUGGAGCAGGAUACACAGAGCCCUUGUGAAUGCUGAAUGGUUGAUGACAAUUGCUACUACUGAAGUAAUGAUUUUAAACCCUGGGAUUUCAGACCAUACUCCAUUAUGUGUCCAAUUACAAAAUGAUGUGCAAAGAAGCCCAAAGCCUUUUAGAUUCUUGAGCUGCCUUGCAGAUCACACAGAUUUCCUAAAAGUGGUGACUAAUUCCUGGUACAAGACUACAACAAAGCAGCACAUGCAAAACAUAUGGUGGAAGCUAAAAGAAUUGAAGCAACUGAAUCAUACAGAAUUCAGGAAUAUAGGGGAGAAGAUGGAGUUCUAUAGGCAGAAGCUGCAAGAUAUACAAACACAAAGGGGACAUCACACUCAACCAGAUCUACUGUUUGAAGAAGAGAAAGAAGUGAAGAUGAAACUAAAGAAAUGGAGCCUAGUGGAGGAAAGUAUACUAAAGCAGAAAUCUAGGAAUAAAUGGUUAGAGCUAGGUGAUGAGAACAAUGCUUAUUUCUUUGCCAAUUUAAGGAGCAGACAGACUCAUAACAGAAUUACAAGCCUUAGUGAUUCUAAAGGAAACAUUAUUCACCAACCAGAAGACAUUGCUGCAGAAGUAACUAGUUUCUACAAAACACUCCUAGGGAGUGCUGCUAACCAGCUUCCAGCAAUAGACCCUGAGGGAUGUGAUGGAUUCAAUGCACUCUUUUUCAAGAAAGCUUGGAGUGUGAUUGGAAACAAGGUUACUGAAGUUUUCCUCCAGUUCUUCAUUGAUGGAGAUAUAUACAAAGCUAUAAACUGUACAACAAUUACACUAAUCCCAAAGAUCGAGAACCCUACAAAAAUAUCAGAAUUCAGACCAAUAGCAUGUUGCACUAUGCUAUAUAAGCUGAUUUCCAAAAUCCUUACUACUAGGAUGCAGGGGAUGAUGGACAGUCUUGUGGACUAA